AUGCUUGUUGGAGAAGCAUUUGACUUGUACAGCAACAUCAAUGCCGAAGGUCCUGCGAGCAGGAGGAAAGUAAGCAGGCGACACCCUGUGGAAAGCAGUAGCGACCCUUCCAAGAAAAGGGCUCGGACUGAGUAUCCUCCUACACCACCACCUUCCAAGGACACGACCCCUCCUCUAGCUCCCCUCAACCCGACUCCUCCAGCUCCCCUCGACCCGACUCCUUCAGCACCUCGCAACCCAAGUCCUCCAGCUCAGUCAGGAAAGACUCAGGCCGAGGCUAUCUUGAACACAGCAUACAACUCGGCUAACAACAAGCUGAAGAAAUUGUCAAGACAUCGGCGUAGCAAUGGAAGCCUUCAGCAAUGUCUCCUCCAUGAAGAUUGA